CUUCAGUUUCCUGUCUCUGAAAAUAGUUCGUGCAGAAAGCCCGAUAGAGAUAUGAGAGAAGUGAGGAAACUGUGAGAGGUCCGGUCGGGAGUGAGCAGGAAAGCGAAGGUGUCACUUUUAGAAGAUUGUAGACCAGAAGAACCACCCUCAUCUAGAACAUUGAACCUUGGAACAUUGAAACUUUUCUUAAGGUUAUCUGGAACAGCCAAUUGAAGAUACAUAUCUGCACAGAAGAACCAUCUAACCAUUACAGACAAAAAAUACAAUAAAUACAAUAAUGGCUAAAACAUUAUUAGUUGGACAAAGACACUAUAAUGGAUUUGUUAUAUUAGAAGGUAUAUUCAAUUGAAGAACGUUUGUAUUUGUUAAAACUCCCUUCUGAUGAUGUAGAAGAAUCUAUUUCCAAACCCUGACAUCUUAAAAGAAAAAAAACAUUUGGAUAACAGUUUGAAUGGAUUGAACAAUGAGCAGUAAUUAAUUUUACUGUUUAAAAAACUACAUCUGAAAUAGAACAUUCUAUUUGGACUAUUUAUGAUUUGCCAAUCUAGGUAAUCAAAAUUUUGGUUCUUUGUUAUUUCUGUCUUUACUCAAAGACCAUCUCACAAUAAGACCUGACUUUUGUGCUUCAGUUCCCCUUUCAAAAUAAAAAAUCUUCAGCAAAUUGCUCAAGAACUUUACCACUGGAUCACUGACGUAUUCAUCUGUCCAUAUUCGUCUCAAGCUUUAACUGCAUAAUCUUUACAAUGACUUUAGAGAAGGAAAACCAGGGCAAAAAGUCCAUCAGGCUUCAGAUAGGCCUGUCCCGUGAGUUCUACCAGAUUCAACCAUGUGAUGCCAACUAUAACACUGUGAAAAAGUUGGCUAUGGACCUUGUAGAAAAGCAGCACCCAGAAUUUGGCUUCCUUGGUGUUUCUGAGAAAAUUCAACUUUUUCGGCACAAUUUGAGCUCACAAAAUGUUCUUGAACGGCUUUUUCCCAACAAUUUUAUCCAGGAAGGGGACUUGAUUGAAGUGGUGUUGCCUGCAUCUGUGUCCCUGGAUUUCUCAAUACGUCCUCACAUUCUUUUAGUUCAUUCCUACAAGUCUCCAGCCUUUUGUGACUACUGUGGAGAAAUGUUGUGGGGACUGGUAAGACAGGGGUUAAAAUGUCAAGGAUGUGGUCUGAAUUAUCAUAAGAGAUGUGCCUUUAAGAUACCCAACAAUUGCAGGGGUGUUAAAAGAGGUCAACUUUCCAGUCGCUCUUUCACUGGAAACCAAACAAACAAACCUAAAGCAUCACCCAUACCAUCAGGCGUCAGUCUGGAGGACCUGGGGGCACAUUACUCAGAUUCCAGGGAUAUUUACCAGCUUAUUCAAAAGAAGCCCCGGGUACCUUCCAUCAUCGGACGCCCUAUAUGGAAGGACUGCGAGGAAAUAAACAAAGUUAAAGUCCCUCAUACUUUCCAGGUCCAUUCCUAUACCCGGCCUACAAUCUGUCAGCACUGCAGGCGCUUAUUAAAGGGCCUCUUCAGACAGGGCAUGCAGUGUAAAGAUUGUCGUUUUAACUGUCACCGACGAUGUGUGGAAUAUGUCCCUGAUGAGUGCCUAGGUGAAAUAUCCCAUCCUGAUGAAGAAGAUGCAGAGGAAGAUAUUGAUAGUGUGAGACAAACAAACCUUGGUACAAAUCAUCAGGAUGAAGAUGAAAUGUCAUUCAAGGGGUCUGAAUCAUCAGAUCUUUCAUGCAAUAUUGAAAACUCAAUGUUUGACAGUAACUUCAUUCCACUCAUGAGAGUUGUGCAGUCUGUGCGACAUAAUAAAAAGAAGAAUAGUUAUGUGUUAAUGGAAGGCUGGCUGGUCCAUUUUACCAGUAAGGACAGCAUGAGGAAAAAACAUUACUGGCAGCUUGAUAGCAAAUGUAUCACCUUAUUCCAUAACGAGAGUGGCGGCAAGUAUUAUAAGGAAUUGCCAUUGUCUGACAUUCUUCACAUUGAGGCUUAUGAUAAGAAUACCAGUGGGCGACCAUUAGGAGGAGAAACCCCUCAUUGCUUUGAAUUGCUUACUGACACUUUAGUUUAUUAUGUUGGAGAGAGAAGUUCCACUCAUAUAGACUCAGGAGAGAAAUGGUAUAGAAUGAUUCGGCAAGCCCUGUUCGCUGGCAUGAAUGACAACACAUCCUCUAGGGCUUCUACAAAGGCAAACGUUCAAGGUGAAAAUGGUGAAUACCAGCAAAAUUUGGACAUCAGUCACAUGUAUCAAAUUUUUCCAGAUGAAGUCUUGGGAUCUGGACAGUUUGGAAUUGUUUAUGGAGGAAAGCACCGAAAAACUGGGAGAGACGUUGCAAUCAAGGUUAUUGAUAAACUUAGAUUUCCCAGCAGGCAAGAAAGUCAGCUUAGAAAUGAAGUGGCCAUUCUGCAGAAUCUACGCUUUCAUGGCGUGGUUGACCUUGAGGCUAUGUGUGAGACCCCAGAGCGCAUUUUUGUAGUAAUGGAGAAGCUACAUGGAGACAUGUUGGAGAUGAUUCUUUCCAGUGAUAAGGGGAAACUUCCAGAGCGAAUAACACGAUUCCUUGUUACCCAGAUUCUAACAGCCCUGCAGCAUCUUCAUUCCAAAAAUAUUGUUCACUGCGACCUCAAACCAGAAAAUGUCCUCCUUGCUACAGAAGAUCCGUUCCCACAAAUAAAGCUCUGUGACUUUGGCUUUGCUCGUAUAAUUGGUGAGAAGUCCUUCCGUCGAUCUGUUGUUGGAACUCCAGCAUACCUGGCCCCCGAGGUUCUGCGAAACAGUGGUUACAAUCGCUCCUUAGACAUGUGGUCUGUAGGUGUUAUCAUUUACGUCAGCCUUAGUGGCACAUUCCCGUUUAAUGAAGAUGAGGAUAUAAAUGACCAAAUCCAGAAUGCAGCAUUUAUGUAUCCAAAGAACCCCUGGAACGAAAUUUCAAAUGACGCUAUCGAUCUUAUCAACAGUUUGCUCCAAGUCAAAAUUAGGAAACGGUUCAGUGUUCACAAAGCUUUGAGUCAUCCUUGGAUGCAGGACUUUAACACGUGGCUGGAUCUUCGGGAACUAGAAACCAGAGUUGGGCAGAGGUACAUUACCCACGAGAGUGAUGAUGCCCGUUGGCAGAAAUACGCUAAGGAAUGUGAUAUUUUGUACCCGCAACACUUUGUCAUGGGGCCACAAUAUGAUGAAACUGAAGAGGACGACAUUCAGGAAUAAAGAGACCAGAUUUACAACAUUUUAUAUUUAUUAGGUCCAAGUCUAAAUUGAAUGAAAAUGUUUUUAUGUGCUUGGGAAAUUUUAAGCUGAUUAGAAUGAAACGAGUAUGGCCCCCGAGUGUUUGCAUUAGUGAAAGUGGUGAGAUUUGAAUCCUUUCAAGCUUGUAUGUGGCUAAUAAUGCAGGACCUUUUUAUAAAGAUACCUACUGUUUUUCUGGAAACAAAAUAUUCCUCUGAUUAAUCUUGUUGAUCUAAAUUAAGGUUCUGUCAGUUUUGAAAGGAGUUUUAUUCAAAUAUUUCAGUUUUUUUUUAUAUGUCAGGGGCUAUGGAAAUGAUUUUCCUUCCCCUAAAAAUGGCAAGAAGAGGCACUGCAUGUGACAAUGCUAUCAGUACAUAUGACAAAGCUACAAUACAGUCUGCCAAGCCUUUUAAAUGUUGUACCUCUAAAGAAUAGCAGCUCCAUUGUUUUCUCAGCAGGACGAGUAAUACUAUCCCUGCAGUGGAGAAUAAUCAGAUUUGCUGUUACAUGAAAAUUGUUUAUGUCAUGCUAUAAAAUGUAUGUUUUUUUAUUGUAUAUUUCAAAGAGGCUGUUCUUUCUGGAUUUGAUUAUCUGAUAGUAAGUUGGAACUACUUUAGGGUAGGAGUAGUAGUUAUUUAUCUGUGUAUUCAUGUAUAUAAUUGAAAUAUUUCAAUAUUUUUCAGAAAAUGUUUUGAGAUUUUUAUGUUUAUAUCUUGAAAUUAAAAUUAUUUAUCUCACAUAGUUUU